AUGGCUACCCCUAGUGUCCUCGCUUUUGACGCUGAGGGUCGGGCCAUUGACUUCGAGGUCCGGGUAGAUGACCUGCAGCUGUUCUUACAGUGCGAUAGGGCAGACGGCCUUUCUCUCUUUGACCUCACCUCUGGCGCUUCCCCUGCCCCUCCUGCUGAUGCUGACGCCACUGUUCGUUCCCAGUGGGCCACGCGCGACGCUGCUGCACGUCUUGCUGUGCGUCGCCACCUCCCUACCUCCGAGCGUGCACACUUUAGUCAGUACAAGAGUGCUCAGACCUUGUACGACGCUGUAGUUGCGCGCUACUUCUCCCCUGCCACUGCUGCACUGAGCCGUCUCAUGCUACCUUACCUCUUCCCUGACCUUGCUGCGUUUCCCACAGUCGCUGACCUCAUUACGCACCUCCGCACUAGUGACACUCGCUACCGCGCUGCGCUUCCUGCUGACUUCUGCGCCAAGAACCCCCCCCCCAUGUACAUCACCCUCUACUUCAUAGUCACCCGACUCCCUGACUCCCUUAGAGUGGUCAGGGACCACUUCCUCGCAGUGUGCCCCACCACUCUCACCGUUGACCUCCUCAAGAAGGGUGUUCUCCCUCCCCCCUCUUGCCCUCUGUUGCUUCUGCUGCUGCGGCCGACCUCGUUGGUUUCGAGUCGGUCGGCGCUGCGUCUGCCCCUUCGGGGAAGCGCCGCGCAGGCAGGGGCAAGGGGGGCAAGGGCGCUGGAGGAGCUGGCGGGGGCGGUGGAGGUGGCGCUGGAGGCGGCGGAGGGAGUGGGGGUGGUGGAGGGAGUGGUGGAGGGGGUGGGGGUACCGGUGGCAGCAGUGGAGGCGGAGGCGGCAGCGGUGGUGGAGGGAGCGGAGGAGGCGGUGGUAGCGGAGGCGACGGUGGUAGUGGAGGCGGUGGUGGUGGCGGAGGCGGCGGAGGUGGCGGAGGAGGCGGAGGUGGCGGUGGUGUUGAGAUAG